GGCUCAGUAUGGCUUGGGGAGCCCUGAGCACGCAGCCCUAGCCCUGGAGGGGUGGGUGCCUGCUCCUCAGGAGAGCUGCCACCAGGCAGGGGACCUCAGUGGCCUCUUCGCCACCAAGCCCCGCUCCUGAGCAGCCGAGCGGCCACUGAGCAAGCAGGGCUGGGGGCAUCUUCCUCGCCGUGCCCAGGCUAUGCACCAGAGGAGGUGGUCGUGGCUGCCCUGGACGCUGAGCAGCAGGGUGGAGGCAAGAUGGGGGGCACAGGCAGGGAGCAGGGGUCCUGAGCUGCCGCUCACGUGGAGCCCCUAGGCAGCCGCGGCCUCCGGCUCUGACCCCCGUGGCUGGGACAUGCCAGGGAUUUUCUGACCUCUGCCAGAUUCGGGACACGCUCCAAGGACAUGGGACUCCAGGUUUAUCUUCUGCUUCUCCUCCCACGGCUUGCAGGGGCCAUCCUGGACAUCACCCUGAUCGCCAACGUGCAGAGCCUGUCCCACUCCGACUUCUUCCUCUCCUGCAUCAUGGGGGAGCGCGAUGUGAGCUACCUGCAGAUCGAGCGGGAGAACAAGAUUGUGAUGACGCACCCUAAGACAGGCUUCCAAAACUACCGCAACCGCAGCAACCAUGUCCAGGCCAGGGGCUUCUCCAUGGCCGACCUGGUGGGGAUCCUCUACUGCCUGGGGCGCACCCCGACUGAGCAGGCCCAAGUGGUCUAUGUGCACAACAGCCACAAUGCCCACCUCUUCCCGGUGAAGGCCACGCAGUCUGUGAACAUUGCUGAGCCAGCCACCUUCUCUGCCAGGGUCCUCAAGAGGAAGGAGACAGACGUUAUGUGGAAAAGAAAUGGCACCUACUACCAGACCACAGACCGGAGCGAGGUGCGGGGCGACCUCGUCACCCUGAUGCUCCCCAACGUCAGCGUGAGUGAAAACGGCGUCUACAGCGCCACGUUCAUGGGGGACAGCCCUCUGUGGAGUGCCUUCUACCGCCUGAUCGUGAGAGCCUGCCCCAUGAAGAAAUGGGGACCGUCCUGUGAGAAGGACUGUCCCGACUGUCUGAAUGGUGGUGUCUGCCACGACCAUGUUGGCGAAUGCGUCUGCCCUCCCGGGUUCAUGGGCACUCGCUGUGAGCGAGCCUGCCGGGAAGGCCAGUUUGGCCGCAACUGCCAGGAGACGUGCCAGAGAGCCCAGGGCUGCAGAGGGCUGAGCUUCUGCUUGCCGGACCCCUACGGCUGCUCCUGCGCCUCAGGCUGGAGUGGCUCCCGCUGCAGCCAAGCCUGUCCCCCGGGAUACUAUGGCCCCGACUGCGCCCUGGGGUGCGCCUGCCGAAACGGAGGCAGCUGUAACCGCUUCAGCGGCUGUGUCUGCCCGGCAGGCUGGCACGGGCAGCACUGUGAGAAGUCAGACCGGUUCCCCCAGAUCAUCCGACUGGCCUCAGAGCUGGAGUUCAACCUGGGCUCAGAGCCUGUCGUCAGCUGCGUGGCCACUGGCAACCCACUGCCCGCCAGUGACAGCGUGGAGCUACGCAAGGCUGAUGGCACUGUGCUCAAGCUCAUCAAAGCCAUCAUUGAGCCGGGGCAGAUCACUUGCGAGUUUCAGGUGCGGCGCCUGACAAAGGCGGACACGGGGCUCUGGGAGUGCCGGGUCUCCACAACGGGGGGCCAGGACAGCCGGAAAGUGAAGGUCAACAUCCGAGUGCCGCCAGCACCCCUGAGCCCCCCCCGACUGCUGGCCAAGCAGAGCCGCCAGCUCGUGGUGUCACCCGUGGACUGCUUCUCUGGUGACGGACCCAUCAUCUCCAUCAAGCUGCUCUACAAGCCCAAGGACGACACCUCAGCGUGGUCAUCCAUUGUGGUCGACAACAGCGAGAACAUCACGCUCAUGAACCUCCGUCCGGUGACUGCCUACAUCGUCAAGGUGCAGCUGAGCCGGCCAGGGGACGGUGGGGAGGGCAGCAAGGGGCCCGAGGCCAUCAUGGUGACCGAGUGCCUUGAGCCCACAGUCAAGCCUGUGAUCGAAGGUUGGUCCAUAGAGGAGAAAAACACACUUCACGUCAACUGGAAAUUGCCAAGUAACCACGAGCCGGCACACGGGUUCAUCGUCCACCUCUUCGACUCUGCAAGGCAGCUGGUCUGUGAGAAAAACAUCACGUCCAUCUCUGUGCUCUCUGCCCGCAUCGGAGACCUAGAGUUCAACAAGGAGUAUGGGCUGGAGGUGCUGGUGUACCACUGCGCCAGCCUGGGGCCCCCCUCCGACCUCUACAAGGUCAUGAUCAACAGCAAAGGGCCCUCCUCCCCACGGUUGCUCUUGGCAGAGUCCGUGUCCGACACCGCCGUCAGGCUCUCCUGGCAGGUCCCCGAGUACCCCAACGGGGGCAUCACCAAGUACAUUGUGGAGCUGCAGCAGGUGGGGGGCACCAGUGAGCCCCAGUGGAUUGACACCGACAGCGGCGCCGAGACCACCAAGAUUGUUGGGGGCCUCAACGCCAGCACCAGCUACCAGUUUCGCGUCCGUGCCAACUCCCAUGUGCCAGGGGAAUGGAGCCAGCCUGUGAAAGCCAAGACCCUGGGGGACGGAGCGCUGAGCGUGCCGCCCAGCCUGGGCAGCCAGAGCACUGAGCAGGCAGGAAUAGACCAACAGCUGCUCUUGGCCAUCGUUGGCUCCGUGUCCGUCACCUGCCUCACCAUCCUCUUUGCCCUCCUGGCGCUUUUCCUCAUCAAGAAGAAUUUUUUCCACCGGCGCCGCACCUUUACGUACCAGUCUGGCUCGGGGGAAGAGACCAUCCUGCAGUUCAACUCGGGGACCCUGACCCUGACACGACGGCCCAAGCCGCAGCCUGAGCCCCUCAGCUACCCCAUCCUGGAGUGGGAAGACAUCAAGUUUGAGGACAUGAUCGGGGAGGGCAACUUUGGGCAGGUCAUCAGGGCCAUGAUCAAAAAGGACGGCCUGAAAAUGAAUGCGGCCAUCAAGAUGCUGAAAGAGUUUGCUUCGGAGAAUGACCAUCGGGACUUUGCCGGGGAGCUGGAGGUGCUGUGCAAACUGGGCCAUCACCCCAACAUCAUCAACUUGCUGGGUGCCUGCGAGAACAAGGGCUACCUGUACAUCGCCAUUGAGUAUGCUCCCUAUGGAAACCUCCUCGACUUCCUCCGCAAAAGCCGAGUCUUGGAGACAGACCCGGCCUUUGCCAAGGAGCACGGCACCGCCUCCACCCUCACCUCCCAGCAGCUCCUCCAGUUUGCUUCAGAUGUGGCCAAGGGGAUGCAGUACCUGAGUGAGAAGCAGUUCAUCCACAGGGACCUGGCAGCCAGGAAUAUCCUGGUGGGAGAAAACCUGGCCUCCAAGAUUGCUGACUUCGGCCUCUCCAGAGGGGAGGAGGUCUAUGUGAAGAAGACGAUGGGCCGCUUGCCAGUUCGCUGGAUGGCCAUCGAGUCCCUGAACUACAGCGUGUACACCACCAAGAGCGAUGUGUGGUCAUUCGGCGUCCUGCUCUGGGAGAUCGUCAGCUUGGGGGGGACGCCAUACUGCGGGAUGACAUGCGCUGAGCUCUAUGAGAAGCUGCCCCAGGGCUACCGCAUGGAGAAGCCGCGCAACUGCGAUGACGAGGUGUACGAACUGAUGCGCCAGUGCUGGCGUGACCGCCCCUACGAGCGCCCGCCCUUCGCCCAGAUCUCCAUGCAGCUCAUCCGCAUGCUGGAGGCCAGGAAGGCCUACGUGAACAUGGCCCUGUUCGAGAACUUCACCUACGCGGGGAUCGAUGCCACUGCCGAGGAGGCAUGAGGCUGCGCUGGCACUGCGCAGAGGGGCAAUGCUGGCCCCAGCCUGCUGGGACAGUGCUGUGGGGACAAGGGGCUGCCCAUCCCCCUCCGGAGCUGAGCGGCCAAACGCCGGUGCCCCUUCCCAAGAGUGCCUUCCCCGCAGCAGGACUGUGCCAUCCCCUCCCUCUCUGCCCACCCAGUGUGUGCUGGCCAUGCUGGCACGCCGUUGGCCACCUACACGGCCCCACACUGCUGGGGGACAUGCUGGGAUGGCCCCCAAAGACAAGCAGCAGCAGGGUGUUUGCAGCAGAGCGGGUAGGAGAGGGGCUCGCUCAGGAGCCAGGGUGCUGCCGCCUGAGCCCACGGACACAAAUGCCCAAGCUUUGGGGUGAGAGGGGAAGCAGCGACCUGGCAGCUGCCUGCUCUGCAGCUCUCAGCGUGCUCUGGGCCUGAAGUGGUGCCAGCGAGGCUGUGAGCAUCGCUGUCGGCGUGGGACGGGGCCACCCUGGCGCGUGCAAAGGGACAAGGGACAGCGUUGGCUGUGCACAGCCUCCAGCCCUGCGGUAACCCUUCGGAGGUGCCAGCUCUGCCUUAUGGACAAUAAACAUAGUGCAACAGGCAGCCGGGUCCAGAGGAGGGGAGGUGGGGACCCAACUCUGCCCCCCUGACAGCACCAGGGAACAGGAUGCGGGGCCCCAAUGGUCUGCUGCUGUGGUGGGCAUUCCUCGGGAUCCUGUCCCUGCUGGGGUCCUCUGAUGAUCGCCAGCACCCCCAGACAAGCCCCAGGUUUCAUCAUGCCAUGGGGAUGGGUUUUCUUAGUAUCCAGCUGGGAUCUCCCCCCCUGCAAUUUAAGAGUUUCUCCUGUCCCCAAGGGAUAUGGAGAGCAGACUAUGUCCUUCCUCUGCGCAGCCGCGUCUCACGUGCUUGAAAACUGUUCCUGCAGCUUCCCCUCAGUUGGCCGUUCUUCACAGGGAUGGCCCUGCUCCUCCAGCCAGUCCCUGCGGGGCUGUGCAGCUCCGCACCCUUCCCACCCUGGCCAGCUGGCACUUGCCCAGCACCGCGCCGAGCCGUCCAGUAACUUCCUGCGUCUUGCAAAGGGACUGUCGUGUUCGACGAGCCUCUCGAACGCGUGCCGCUGGGGUGAUUCUCUCUUGUGUGCCGGUCCCUCAAGGAUCGGCUGGGCUUUGCGCUGACCCUCCCGCGGGAGCUCCUGCCCCAGGCUGCAGUCCCUCAUUCUGCACUGUUGCCAUUUGUUAUAUUGACAGUGGGUGGGCUUCGUCUCUGUUGGCUUCAGCUUGCUAAGCCCUAGGCGUGUCAUCCAGCUGCCCGUCUAGCCAUCUUUUGCAGUCUGUGGGAAGCAAGGGCUGCUCCUCCGGAGCCCGGUAUCCCAGCCAAAGGCAGGGGCAUUUGCAUUUGCCCUUCUGGGCAAGAGUCUU